AAAUAAGCGAAGGGGCGAAGGCAAAACGGCAAACAAAAAAUGGACGGCAUCGAGCACCGGACGGUAAAUCUCAACGGCGUAAACAUCCAUGUGGCGGAGCAGGGGCAGGGACCCGUGGUCCUGUUCCUCCACGGCUUCCCGGAGCUCUGGUACACGUGGCGGCGCCAACUCCCGGCGUUCGCCGCCUUGGGGUACCGCGCCGUGGCGCCGGACCUCCGAGGAUUCGGCGAUUCCGACGCGCCGGCCGACGCGUCGAGCUACACGUGCCUUCACGUGGUCGGCGACAUUGUCGCACUGAUCGAGUCAGUCGCCGGCGGCGCUCCGGUGUUCCUGGUGGCGCACGACUGGGGAGCAAUGAUCGCCUGGUACCUCUGCCUCUUCCGCCCCGACCUCGUCAAGGCUUUCGUCUCCCUCACGGUGCCGUUCCGCCCCCGGCACCCGGCGGCGAAGCCAGUCGCCGCCAUGCGCGCCGUGUUUGGGGAAGAUUACUAUAUGUGCAGAUUCCAGGAACCGGGUAAAAUGGAAGCAGAAAUAGGCGAAUACGGGUCAGAGGCGGUUAUAAAAAAGAUCCUGACCGACCGUACGCCGGGCCUGCCCCGUUUACCCGAGAAGGAUCCGUUCGGACCCAAAUCCGAGAUCGUCAAAUCGCCGUUGCCGGCGUGGCUCACCGAGGAAGACCUGAAAUAUUACGCCGGAAAAUACGACAGCCGCGGCUUCACCGGCGGUCUGAAUUACUAUCGUGCUCUCGACCUGAAUUGGGAGCUGACGGCGGCGUGGACGGCGGCGAAGGUUAGGGUUCCGGCGAAGUUCAUCGUGGGAGAUUUGGACAUGGUGUACACGACGCCGGGGGUGAAGGAGUACGUCCACGGCGGCGGCUUCAAGAAGGACGUGCCGCUGUUGGAGGAGUGCGUGGUUCUCGAAGAUUCCGGCCACUUCAUCAACCAGGAGAGGUCCGACCAGGUUAAUGCUCUCAUCCAUGAUUUCAUAAGUAAGUUUCCAGUCGCUGCUGAUUAAUCCAUCCGCCAUUGUCGUACGGACGCCAUCACUGUUCCGGCUGCCUCCGCCUGUUUCUCUUCAAAUAGUAAUACAUACAUACAUGCAUACUAACGGUGCUGUUCAUUAUUUUCGUCCA